AUGCCAAGACCUGGCCCAAGGCCUUAUGAGUUUGUUAGAAGAGCUUGGCACAGUGAUGCUCACCAUCCCAUUAGAGGUUCUCUAAUUCAAGAAAUCUUCAGGAUUGUGAAUGAGGUUCACAGUUCAGCUACUAAGAAGAACAAAGAAUGGCAAAAGAAUCUGCCCAUUGUGGUAUUGAAAGCUGAAGAAAUUCUGUAUUCCAAAGCCAAUUCUGAGGCUGAGUACUCCAAUCUUAAAACUCUUUGGCACAGAGUGAAUGAUGCUAUUGACAAUAUAAUUCGAAGAGACGAGAGUUCGGAAACUGGGGAACUUUUGCAGCCUUGUAUUGAAGCUGCUCUAUAUUUGGGCUGCACUCCAAGUAGAUCAUCAAGAAGUCAGCGAAAUGACAUGCCUAGAUACUACCUUAGGCCUGAGACUCCAGACUCCACCUCUGUUCCUCCGAGCAAUUUGGAUAGUAGCAAUCAUACAUUGAAAAGUCAACUUAUGUUGCAGUAUUCGAAAUUUAUGACCUCCACCGCCAUAAAUUCCUCGUUUUCCGGCACAAAUGUUGAAAGUUUAGUUGUGCAAAACAAAGAUUGUAAUAACGUGAAAUUUCCCGUUUUACCAAAGAAUUUGAUUCCCAGUGGUAACUACCAAAGUGAGCCAAUACAAACUUCAUGUUCAGUUUAUCCCUUGUAUUAUGCAGAUCAACUUCAAUUUGAUGACCCGAAGUUUGGUUUGAAGCAGCCUUCCAAUUCAUAUUCUCAUCCCACAAAGAAUGAUAAAACCAGGUCCAUACAAAACCGUUCCUCUUGUAAACCAGAUUCUCCUAAGAAAUCACUAGACAAACUCGAUUCCAAUAACCCUUCUGAUAUCCAAUGUGAUUUAUCACUGCGGUUGGGCUCUCCAUCUGUUUCAUGCACAAGUAUGGAGAAUGAUUGUCCCCAAGAAGAGGAAAAUGGAAAUUUGGGCAAUGCUCGAGAGGGAAGGAGCAAGUUAAGUGAGGAUUUUUCGUUCUUUGCUCAGGCUAAGAAUAAGCAAGUUUGUUGGCAGUUGAGCCUCAAUUCAGUGAAGGAAUGA